GGCCAAUACGACGCAAUGCAUUGUUAAAAAAAUUAAUCACACCCAAGUUUCUUCAUUUCUUUUUUAGACUUUUCUUGUGUCAAGUUUGUUCACCUCAUCAAAUGUUGUUUCCAGUAAGAAUUACAGACAUAUUUAAGCAUAAAGAUUUUGAAGACAUCUUGUGUAUUUGACAUAUGUGUAUUUGAUUGCAUACAUAGUUUAGGUGUUGGUGAGUGAAUAAAAUAUCUAAGUCUUUUUAACACAGAGGGAAUCUUCAUUUUGAAGGAUGAAGUGCUAUGCACGAUGGUCUGUUGGUAACUAACUUUUUGCACCCUUGACACGUUUUUUAACGCAUCGGACAUCCCUUGGUGGAGGUGUCUUCCAAACGAUAAAUUUGGCAAUGCAGCGGGAUUUCCCAGUGAGCACUUACCUCUCCCGUGCACGGUCAGGGACCGCCAGACCCGGAACCGUGGUUCCUUCAGAAAUCCCCGGUUUAUGAUGCCGUACGUAGUUAUUGAGACCGUUGACGAAAAACUACAAAACAUGCUUAGAGAAAAUCUAACGGUAUCCUCAAAAAAUAGCCGUUUCGACCAUGUACGUCGUAAACCGUGCUGGCCUUUUGUACUUACAAUGAUCGUUUAAAAAUUACGCAGCCAGGCACUAUACAGGAGUAUCAAGAAACUGAAGUAAAAAUUUGCAUGGAUGACAAGUCAAAAAAAAAACAAAUUGUGAUAAUGUUUGGAUCCCUGUGACUCCUGAAUCCGGGAAACUUUAUCUCAUCAUCGCUCCACCUCCUUGACCUCAUUCGUCAACUCUGCAUACAUAUGUACAUAAAAUAUAAUGGACAUCGAAGUAGUACUAAUUAAGUGGAAAACGAACAGUUCCUUUACUUACUGUCGAAUCACAACUUGUAAAUGGUUACACGUUAGACGUUUAAACGCUAUCACAUUGGAAAGGUUUCUGGUCCACUGUGCCAUUUUUGGUUUAAGCGCAAUACAGUUUCGAACACACACAACUUCACUUCGUUUAACAAGAUUUACCAUCUUCUUCUUACACAUAGGAAACAAGAGUCAAACGGAUAUGUAGCGGGAGGUUCUUUCUCUUGCCGUUGUAUUCAACAGAACGAAACUGAUCGUGUUCGUGACCGAAUUUCCCAAAUAUCGAAUGUCUGAUGUUGCUUGAUUCUAAUGCAGUGUUUAUUCACAAUUUUACGUCGUAUCUUUUGUAUUGAAUUGUACUGAAUAUCGCUUAUUGAAUACUGAAUUUUAGUCCAAAUAUUUAUUUUUUACAAGGACUGUUAUACUAAGACCUUCAGGGGCCCUAAUAUUUCAAAUAUUCUUAGAUCACUUUACUCUUAGGGUGUUUAUUCCCAUGCAAUGUAUGAUUUUUACAUUCAUUAGUUUUCAAUCAAAUAUGAAUUG